UAGAAGUUGAGCACGGCAGCCCAAAUGCGAAAUCCCUAAGUCAUUCUGCCCAAACAUUCAUUUAACAGCCCAAAACAUGCGAAAUCCCUAAAUUCUCUUCCUCUUCCUCCCAUUUUCUCUUUCUACUCUGCAAAUUCAGCUAAAUCUCUAAUUUGUGGAUAUUACGAUCCUACGAUUCGAUCCUGCUAGCUCAUCACGAUCCAAAGUGGGAUCGCGAUCCUGACAACAUUGGUGCCACCAACUAGAAGCCUAAACCCUGAAAGCCAAGGUAGAGAGUAAGACGGAAAAAAGACUGAACAAAAGAAGCCAUGAGAAGAGCACUUCUGAGAAAUGUUCCACUCUUCUCUCGCAAUUUCUUACCAUCUCCUUCAAUUUCUUCCAUACGAAAUCCAUCACCACACAAUGUAUUAUCCCAGAUUUCAAAUUCCUAUUCAUUCAGGUUUUUCUCCUCUGAAAAUGAUUCUCCUGACCAAAACCCUAAACCUCCUCCAUCUGAAGCCACUUUAGCGCAGCCUGAAAUCAAAGAUCCACAAAUGAUGUUGAAGAUGUCAGCAAUAAAGAGCUGAAAAUGAGGAUAGAGAAGUACUUUGAGGGUGAUGAGGAGGUACUUCCUUCAGUUCUUGAGGCGAUACUGUCGAGGAGGUUAGUGGGGAAGCAUGAAGAAACCGAUGAUGAGUUGACGGAAGAACUCCGUUUCGCCCCAUUGGAUGAUGUUGGUGGUGAAGAAUUCGAGUCAGAUUUUGAGGAAGGUCAUAAAACGGAUGAUGAUAUUACUGACUUGUACAGUGCCAAGGAUAUAGUUGUCAAGAGGAUGAUGGAGGAUGAAUACUUUAACAUGGAUGACAAAGUGGGUGAAAUUGUUCAGGAAGCAACGGAGAAAGGAUAUGCAAGGGAUAUGAGGGAGUGUGAGGAGAUUUUGGAGGAUAUGCGCGACUGGGAUAAGCUCCUGCCAGAUGACAUGAAGAAGAAGGUCAAAGCAAAGUUUGAUGAAUUAGGAGAUAAAUGUGAGAGAGAGGAACUUGAGCCAGAAGAAGCAUAUCAGCAUUUCAAGGAGUUUGAGGAUCAGAUUGUGGCUGAGUAUGUGAAGAAGGUGGAAAAAGAAGAGGUAUCUCCAAAGUCGGAUGAGGUGACCGAUCUUGUGAAGAAAAACAAGUCUGAUGAUCCACCUGGUGUGGGUCCAGUUCUCAGAUGGCAAUCGCGGGUGGUAUUUGCACCAGGAGGUGAUGCGUGGCAUCCUAAAAACAGGAAGGUGAAAUUAUCUGUGACAGUCAAGGAUCUUGGACUCUCGAAAUAUCAGUUCCGCCGAUUAAGAGAAAUAGUGGGGAAACGGUAUCAUCCUGGAAAAGAUGAGCUAACAAUUAUAAGUGAGAGGUUUGAAGAUCGUGAAGAGAAUAGAAAGGAUUGUCUGAGAACCCUGCUUAAUAUCAUUGAGGAUGCUGGUAAAGCUAAUAAAUUGGUAGAUGAGGCUCGAACAUCAUAUGUCAAACAAAGGCUUAAAGCAAAUCCAGAAUUCAUGGCAAGAUUGCUUGCUAAGACGAACCAAGCCCCAGCUGCUGUUCCUGCAUAAGUAGUCUUUACCGGUUUUCUUUCUUUAUAUAAUACAGUUGUAUCGAAAUGCUUUUCAUAGUCUUUUUGGUCGAGGCAUCGAUGCAUCAAAUUCUUUUGGUUUCCUCAGGUAUCAGCUACUCAUAGGAGAGGGUGGGUGGGUGGGAAAUGUAUUAGUGUAGAUUGCUUCAAUGGACGCAAUUUCCAAUCCAAUGUUGUGCAGACAAAGUUAUAAGGAAACCGUGCUAUGGGAUCCUUUUAAUGCUUGUAUCAUCGAUCCAUUGUGCUUAAAACAACUCAACUAAAUAGAUUUUGGGCUUGUAUUAUUCGUUUGAUGAGAUUGAGGUUUUGUUCUCCUCGUCUUAUUUUCAAAUAAGCUAAUAUAAGUUCAAUGGAUGACUGCUCAAA